AUGUUGGGCCACAGGGUGAGACGCACUGGGCUGUGCUUGGCCUCGGCCCCCUCCAUCAGCAACGAGCGAGUGGGCAAGUCCAUGAGCAAGAGCUGCCAUUGCCACUUGAUGUCCUGCUUUCCCUACUUCAACUCCCAUCAGCAGAAGCUCAUCAGGAAGCUGUGGGCUGAGAAAGCUUUCUGGGAGGAGAUUCAGAGUUUUCGGGAGACAAUGAAGAGCUUUCGGGAGAAGAUCAAGGCCUUUCGGGAAAAAAUCAGAGCUUUCAGGAUGGCUAUUCAAGCCUUCUGGGAGGAGGAAAAGCCAAUCUGGGAGGAGGAAACUGCCUUUCAUGAGGAAGAAAAGAUUUUUCAGGAGGAAGCAAAAGCCUUCUGGAGGGAAUAUCGUGACUUCUGGAAGGAAUACAAUGCUUUCUGGAAGAAGGAUGAGGAUUUCUGGAAAGAGGAUAAGCUCCUCUGGGAGAAAGACAGGGUCCUUCUGGAUGAGGACAGGGUCCUAUGGGCAGAAGAGAUAGCCCUGUGGGCAGAUGAAAAAGCUCUCCUGGAAGAGGAAAGAGAUUUUUGGAAAGAUGAGGAAGCCCUCCGAGAAGAUGAAAAAACCCUCCAGGAGGACAAAGUAUUUAUCUGGGAGGGAGCCUUUGGUCCUGGGAGAGAAGAAUGACUACUGCCUGUCGCUGUUGUUGAGAGUCACAGCCCCACUGGCUGCAAGGGAAAAGCAUAGCCAGAGAGAAAGAAGGAAAGCACAAAUUAUUCUGAGCUCAGAAACCCACAUAUACUGAUCUGGCUGCUUUAUUUAACUUGUGUUGUGCUUCAGCCAGUUCUCUGAAAUAACAUCUCUCAUUCCAAAAAAACUCAGUAAAAACCCUAUGGAGUAAAU